UUCGUCUCAAAUAUACAAACUUACAAGUCAAUGUCAAGUAUGUUUCGAUAAAUAACCUUACGCAAACCUGUGAAUAAUCCAGUCGUGUUUUUUAAACAGUUCACAAUUUAUAUGUGUAAAAGAAUUCACGUCUCUUGUUUAUCGAACAGUUGGUAAUUAGACCUCAAUCAAGCAUGUUGUACUACAUUGCAUAUAUUUUGCUCACGAUAUUACUUUUAGCGGUCAAAGUCGUGGUUGGUUUCUUCUUAUUUGUAUUUUUGUGUUUUGCCAUCGCAAGGCUGUGGUUUGAACCAAUAAAGGGUGUGUGUAGAGCCAAAACCAAGCUUCAUGGAAAAGUGGCGCUGAUCACCGGCGGGAAUUCGGGAAUAGGGCUGGAAACGGCGAAGGAUUUGGCGCAGAGAGGCGCUAGGGUCGUCAUAGCCAGCAGAAAUGAUAAAAAAUCAGCGGAAGCCGUCGAAGAAAUCAAACGGAUCACUGGAAACGAGAAAGUGGAAUAUAGACAUUUAAAUCUUAGAGACAUGGACAGCGUCAGGGAGUUCGCAAAGAAAUUCAACGAAGAGUUCGACCGUUUAGACAUUCUGGUAAACAACGCUGGCAUCGGAGCAGCGAAGAACGCGCUGACAGCUGACAAUAUAGACAUCCUGAUGGCCAUCAACUACGUGGGUCCUUUCCUCCUCACACACUUACUACUAGAUAAAAUUAAAGCCACUAAAACAAGUAGAAUCGUCAUAGUGUCGUCAUACCUCCACUUCCACGCCAACUUUGAGCUGGACGACCUCACGAGGGUUACAACAAAAAAUACAUUGAUCAAGUACUGUAAUGCAAAACUCUGCGAUGUUCUGUGGACGAAGGAGCUCUCCAGAAGAUUGCCAGCAGGUGUAACGGUGAACGUACUCCAUCCAGGUCUAGUGAAGACCAACAUUUUUGAUACCUUACACAAAUGUUUAAAGAAUCCGCUGUAUGUUAUUAUCGAUCUGCUUUUCAAAACGGCGAAAGAAGGUGCACAGACUGUUAUAUACCUGUGUGUAGAUCCAGCAGUCGAGAACAUGACAGGAGGCUACUACAUGGACUGUAAGAAAAUACCCUCGUCGAAACUAUCGGAAGAUGAAGACCUCGCGAAAGCAUUGUGGGACAAAACAUUAGAGUUGGUUUGCGUCAAACCCGUCAUAUAAUAUAUUAAAAUUAUAACCAUAUUAUACAUAUGCUACAAUUUCAACUAUUACCUUUCUUGUUAGCUAGUAUAUAACGUUAAUUUGAUAUGUAAAUUAGACUUACGUAACAUAGGAACGUUGUCAUUUAAUUGCUAAUUAUAGACAUAUUAAACACUACAUAUAUAUAAAUAUUUAACGUAAAGAAUAGUGAAAUGUAUCAAAAAUGAAAUUAUUUACGAAACCAGUAUCGUAAGUGGCACAAAAUUUCGAGAAUAAAUUAAUUAUUAUCAUACUUUUAGAUCUUUUAAGUUAGGUUUUUAAAAUAUGUCGUGUAAUGAAUUGUAUAAAAAAAAACACUUUAUCUAUACAAUUAUAAAACAUUAACACGCUUAACCCGAGUUAUCAAAGUGAAAUAUUUACAGAUAGUUUCAAUAUAUUUCAUUCAUACAUAAUAACUUAAUUACUAACCGUCAAACUGUCAAUGUCAGAUAAUGACAUGUUGCCAGCUCAUAUUAAGGACGCAGAUAGCAUUUAUUAUAUAUUAUACCAGUAUGUUAUCUCUGUUUGGAUGUUUCCUGUGAUACUAAUUACUCUAUAUGUUUUUUAAAUUUACCUAGACUAGUUCCAACAUGAGACUCCGCUUCAGAUUCUGGGAUUUGGACCAUGAGUCCAUUCAUUGUAUCUAUUUGUAAAAAUACAUUUUUAUAUAUAUGUAGAUAUAUUUUAUAUCUAAAAUUUAAAAUUGAGAAUAAUAUUAGAUUAAUUUAUUAAAAAAUUAUUAAUUCAUAAGCAUUUUCAUAAAA